GAACUGCACCUCUCUCGACUCCAAGUAAUCUCAGUAUCCACUAUCCAUCACUAAUUUACCAUUAAUAAAUAACAAUACGUGAAACCAAAAUUUCAUUUUAACUUACAUUUUUCAAAAUUGUUAUGCAUGUGUUAUGAAUAUUGUAUAAAUAUGGACAUUAUUUAAAAUGUAAAACUCUGUGAUGUUGAUUAGGCUUUAGAAUUUUUUCAUAUAGUUAGUAAAAAUCACAAUAAGGUUACAUAUGCCAUAUAAGGAAUGUUUUAAUUAAAAUGGAUACCAUACGGAGAUCAUGGAAACUACAAGAGUUUGUUGCUCACAAGGCAAAUGUCAACUGCCUGGCAAUGGGACACAAAUCCAACCAAGUUUUGGCUACUGGAGGUGACGAUAAAAAAGUAAAUUUAUGGGCAAUAGGAAGACAAGGUUGCUUAAUGAGCUUGAGUGGACAUACAACACCAGUAGAAUGUGUGUGUUUUGGACAUUCAGAAGAUUUAGUAUGUGCAGGUUCACAAACUGGUGCUUUGAAAAUAUGGGAUUUAGAGGCAGCUAAACUUCUGAGAACAUUUACAGGACAUAAAGGAGCCAUAAAGUGUAUGGACUUCCAUCCUUACGGUGAUUAUUUAACAACAGGCUCAUGUGACAGUAACAUUAAAUUAUGGGAUACCAGAAAGCGUGGUUGUAUUGUCACAUAUUCCAGUCAUCGUCUUGCAGUCAACAGCCUCCAGUUUAGUCCAGACGGACAAUGGAUAGCAUCUGCAUGUGAAGAUGGUUUAGUAAAAGUAUGGGAUGUGAGAGUUGGCAAAGUUUUGCAGGAAUUUGUAGAACACACAUCCCCCGUAACUUGUGUAAAGUUUCACCCCCAUGAGUUCCUCCUUGCUAGUUGUGGUGCUGACAGAACUGUCAACUUCUGGGACAUGGAGAAAUUCCAAUUAGUGUCAAAAUUUGAGAAGGAAAACACAUCUAUUAGACAUAUGACAUUCAGUGAUGAUGGUGCAACAUUAUUGGGUUGUGGAAAUGAUGGUCUACAUGUUAUAGGCUGGGAACCAGCAAGAGUUCUUGAUACAGUUAAUGGCCACUGGGGACAAAUACAUGACAUCACAGUAGCUCAGACACAACUUAUUGCUGGCUCAUUUCAUUCAACAUAUGUAGUUUUAUCAGUCGUUGAUCUCAAUAAAGUGCAUCCUUUCGGUGGCCCGCCUCCCGUCGCUUCUACUCUCGUAAGAGAUCUCUCGCCUUUCCAAAAAGGUCAUUCUGUGCGCAAGAGUUUUUCUAAAGAAAAACCUCCCAAGGAAGUGCUGCACAGACCUACAUUAUUAGAUGAGAAGACAGCAGAAGAAUCCACCUCAGGAACAGAAGCCGAUGAAGAAUCAGGUGCUGUAAUACCUAAUUUAAAUGACUACACUGAAAUUUUUCGACCGACCAGAGCUUUGAAUAGAACACCACCGCCGGCGACUAGCUUAUCGUCUGAAGAUUUUUCAAUGACUGGGGAGGAGAUCCCAGCGAAGUCCAUGGCUACAAGCGCAGUGAGCACGUCGCUGCGGGAGCUGUCGCUGGAGCGCCGCACUGAUCUCACCUCGCGCAUUCCCACCGCCAAGGACCAUUACGCACAGAUAGAAAAGAAGACUCAGAUAUUUUCCAGGAUGAUGGACAACAACAAAGACGAAAGAGUAUUUACUUCUAGGCAAAAUACUACAAUGAAUGAAUUUACUGCAAAUGCUCUAACAACUUCAUCCUUAAACCGACACAAUUCAUAUAAAGAGACAAAAUCUACCACAGAUUUAUCUUCCAAUAAUCUUCGUCAAAGUAAUAGCGAGAUGUCAUUAGGCCCUCCAUCCCUUGGGCCUAGAUCGUUAUCAUUCACGAGACCACCGAGCCAAAACAGAACGAGGACCGAGAGCGGCCCGCGCGAGAGUGUGGCGGCGCCGCGCGCUGCCGAACCCGAGCCGGAAUUCGUGCCCUACUCCAUCGACAGGCCCGUUGGUCUCGACCUCGAUGAGUUUCUACCCCGCGGACUGACAGCGGGUGCGGGACGGAGGGGGGCGCGGGGAGCGGGCGCAGAGCCCAGUGAGCAGGAGGUACUGGGCGUCAUGAUGCGUGGACAUGAUUCUAUGAUGGCCGUGUUAGCCGCCAGGCAGCGUGCUCUACAGAUAUUCCAUUCAGUAAGAAUAAACAAAAGCUUAAAAUCGGCUUUAGAAUCUGUGAUAGCUUUAGAAGAUGCAUCUGUGAUUUUGGAUAUAUUAAAUGUCAUGGCACAUAAACCAUCAUUAUGGAAUUUGGACAUUUGUCUCUUAAUGCUGCCUAAAAUAUUUGAAUUGUUACAAAGCAAAUAUGAGUCAUAUAUGCAGUGUGGGUGCAAUGCUCUACGGCUGAUUGUGCGAAAUUUUUCGUCAGUUGUUCGUGCCAAUGUCAGUGCACCUGUUCGAACUCUUGGGGUAGAUAUACCAAGAGAAGAACGUUACACCAAAUGCGUACAAAUACAUCAGCUACUGCUUGACAUACGUGCCUUCCUUCUCAAAAGGCAGACCCUGCAAGGUCGCCUUGGAGCUGCUUUCCGUGACCUCCACACAUUAAUGCAACAAGGGCUCGACUGACGAAAUAGUUCAAAUGUCCCAUGGAGGACAUUGUAUUUUUAACAGUCAAUACAUUGGACAGUUUUAUACAAAAAAUCUGAAUUUUGAAGUGUACUUAAAUUAUAACAUGUAAGUUUAUUAAUAAUUAAAAACUAGAUUUGUUAACAUUGCCGUUAUAGUAACAAAAAUGCCAUAUACAUACAUUAAAUCAUUAAUUUAAAUGCACAGCAUGAACACUUGGUGUUAUAAAACUUUAAACAAAAUGGCACUGUUAAAAUAUAAAUAUUAAUAUUAGCAAUAACAAAUAUGGUACUUUCUUGAUUCAUAGAAAAUUAACAUAAUCUCAUUGUUAUUUAUAUCAAAAUUAAAAUGUUAUUUAUUGGUGUAUAUUCAAUUUACUAGACUGACAUUAACAAUUUUAAAGU